CUGAAGGGAAGACACCACGAAAGGUAGAAGGUUAAACGCCGCUCCUCUACGAGGAAGUGACGACUUCGGACCAGCGGCUACGUGAAACAAGCCAGUACUCGCUCAGUGCGGACUUAUUCUCAUUUACUGACAGAUUCCUUGUGAAGACGCCAAAUAUCAAAAUGUCCUCGAUGGACCUGGAGAAGUUGAAGAUGACGGGAGCAGGCCGAGCAAUAGCGGUGCUCACUAGCGGAGGAGACGCACAAGGGAUGAAUGCUGCUGUGCGAGCUGUAACCAGAAUGGGCAUCUAUGUUGGAGCCAAGGUCUACCUUAUUUAUGAGGGUUACCAGGGUCUGGUGGAUGGCGGUGAUAACAUCAAACUAGCACACUGGCAGAGUGUGUCCAACAUCAUCCAGCUGGGUGGGACGGUGAUUGGUAGCGCGCGAUGCAAGGCCUUCAUGUGCCGAGACGGGAGGUUGGCGGCCGCCUUCAACCUGGUGAAAAGAGGCAUCACCAACCUGUGCGUGUGCGGCGGCGACGGCAGCCUCACCGGAGCCAACAUCUUCCGCAGCGAAUGGAGCAGCCUGCUGGACGAACUCGUGGAGACGGGGAGGAUAACGGAUGCUCUGGCAAAGCAGCACGGCCACCUCAACAUUGUGGGGCUGGUGGGUUCCAUAGACAAUGACUUCUGUGGCACUGACAUGACCAUCGGAGCAGACUCUGCACUGCAUCGCAUCAUGGAGAUCGUUGAUGCAAUCAUGACUACUGCACAAAGCCACCAGCGAACAUUUGUCCUGGAGGUCAUGGGGCGUCACUGCGGUUACCUGGCUCUGGUGUCCGCACUGGCAUCCGGCGCCGAUUGGCUCUUUAUACCAGAGGCCCCCCCGAAGGACGGCUGGGAGGAUCGCAUGUGUGACCGUCUAGAGGCGAGUCGUAUCAGAGGGUCCAGACUCAACAUUAUAAUUGUUGCAGAAGGAGCUAUUGAUAUCCACGGCCAGCCCAUCUCCUCUGCUUAUCUCAAAGAUCUGGUGGUAAAGCGGUUGAAUUAUGACACCAGAGUCACCGUACUGGGACAUGUUCAGCGAGGAGGAACGCCCUCAGCGUUUGACAGGAUACUGAGCAGUAAAUUAGGCGUGGAGGCAGUCGUCGCCCUGAUGGAGGCAUCUCCUGACACUCCAGCCUGCGUCAUUGGCCUUUCGGGGAACCAUGCGGUCCGUCUGCCUCUUAUGGAGUGUGUGGAGAUGACAAAGUUGGUGCAGACGGCCAUGAAUGAAAAGCGGUUUGAUGAGGCUGUUAAACUGCGUGGGGGGAGUUUUGAGAACAACUGGAACAUCUACAAGCUUCUUGCCUUCCAGAAGCCUGCCCAGUCUCAGAGCAACUUCUCUCUGGCUGUCCUGAACGUUGGUGCCCCAGCAGCAGGGAUGAACGCGGCGGUGAGGUCGGCGGUGAGAUUAGCGAUCGCUCACGGACACAAGGUCUACGCUGUUCACAACGGCUUUCAGGGCUUUGCCAAUGGAGAGGUGUUUGAAAUGCAGUGGCACAAUGUGGCAGGAUGGACGGGCCAAGGAGGGUCACUGUUGGGGACAAAAAGAACCCUUCCAAGCAAACACAUGGAGAAGGUUGUGGAGAACAUCGCCAAGUACAACAUCUCCGCCCUGCUUGUAAUUGGAGGAUUUGAGGCCUACCGAGGCGUACUGGAGCUCUUCGAAGCCCGAGGUCGUUACGAUGAGCUGUGCAUCCCCAUGUGUGUUAUUCCUGCUACCAUCAGCAACAACGUCCCCGGAACCGACUUCAGUUUGGGAGCCGACACUGCUGUCAACGCUGCCAUGGAGGGCUGUGACAAGAUAAAGCAAUCUGCCUCCGGGACAAAGAGGCGCGUGUUUGUGGUGGAAACGAUGGGGGGAUACUGCGGUUACCUAGCGACCAGCACUGGUAUCGCUGUGGGCGCUGAUGCAGCCUACAUCUUUGAGGACCCCUUUAACAUCCAUGACCUGAAGACCAAUGUGGAACAUCUAACGGAGAAAAUGAAGAAGGACAUCCAGCGGGGGCUCGUAUUGAGGAAUGAAAAAUGCCAUGAUCAUUACACGACCGAUUUCCUCCACAAGCUGUAUUCAGCCGAGGGGAAGAACAUUUUUGACUGUCGGGUCAAUGUGUUGGGUCACCUCCAGCAGGGAGGGGCACCGUCUCCUUUUGACAGGAACUACGGCACCAAGCUGGGAGUGAAAGCCAUCCAGUGGAUAAGUGAGAAGUUGAUCGAAAACUUCCGACAAGGUCGCGUGUUCGCCAACUCGCCAGACUCUGCCUGCGUCCUCGGCCUCCACAGGAAGGUCGUAGCAUUCAGCCCCAUCACUGAACUCAAGGACGUCACCGACUUUGAGCACCGAAUGCCCAAAGUCCAGUGGUGGUUUAACCUGCGGCCUAUGCAGAAGAUGUUGGCAAAGUACCAAACUAGCUUCUGUGAAUACGUGCCAGGAGAGAUUGAACACGUGACCCGUCGCUCUCUCAGCAUUGACUCUGGCUUCUAGGUGCCCCCAAAUUGCACUCAGCACUUUUAAAAAAUCUUUUGCCUGUCCUUUACAUUUCUACAUGCCUGCUACUGUGUUUGCAAAGGGUAAAAAUAAACUACUGCUAUUAUUUAUUUAAUGGGGCAUUAGGUGUAAUACAGUGGAGCCCUGCACACUCACGAUUCAGCAUUCAUGUGGUCAAAACAUAAUAGUUUUUUUUAUAUUCUCUUUUUUUGUCCGAAAUAGGCCGUGUUUUUUCCACAUAAAACACAUCUCAUUCACUCUAAGUUGGUAAUACGUUAUAAUACAGGUAAAAUGUACAGCAUCCACCAUGUACCAAAGCACACAAUUUUUCCAUGUUUCUGCCUCUCUGCUUCGCCGAUAGUUUUUUCAUCAAGUGUUGAGAUUUCGCACUUUGUUUGGUCGUCCUUGAACUCAUCAAAGUUGCUGUGAGAAGUGAAAAUUAUAUGUAACUUCUGCACCAUGACUCUGUGAUUCCAUCUUACAUUAUCAUUCAGUAGUGGUUACAAAAAAUGCGCUUUAUAACUGUUUGAAGCACAUUGAAGAGAGAUUACAAGUCACUCUUAUUGCAAAUGUUGAUCUGAAAUCUGAGAAUGUUAAACAUAAAGCUAGCAGGAGGAAGUGAGCCGUGUGUCAAAAAUAUACAUUUUCAUGGGCAUCUCAAUUGUUAAAUCGCAGAUUUUUGCCAUUCACUGGUGGCAUUGGGGUGUAUGUAACCCCAUCUAUUGCACAGGUUCCUCUAAGGUCAAACAGUACAUUCUGCCAUUCUUCCAACUAAAAUUUGCACAUUUGAAAAGGGAUGGUAAAUUUAGUCUGUUCCAAAGUCAAACUGUCUCCAUCAUAAACCCUUUAUUAACUGUACAGGCAAUGUUUUCAACAUUCCUAACUGUCACACAAGUGUAAAAGAAGUUAACGUGAGAGCCGUGUGUACCACUGACAGAGUUGCAGUACAUUACCACUACGUUGCAAGAAGUUCUGUGUUUACUUUCAGCUUUUCCUCUUUGCUGUCACUCGUAUCCUUCUGUGGCAUCACAAAAACAAACAACAAAAAACCUUAUGAAGGUGGUUUGAACUUUAGGAAUUUGUGCAACUUUUGAUGCAUGUUUUUCCAGAGAAUUUUUGGUCAAAUCUUGAAUUGUACAACUUUGUUUGUAUGGCAUUUGAAUUUAGAGGUUUCACUGUAUUCUUGAUGCCAAAGUGCAGACAUUCUUAAACAUCAAACGUCAAGUUAUGCUACUGAAUGACGUUGUCUAAGACAUAGAAAUGCAGUCGUGUUAAAAUGAACCUCCUGUGAGAUUAACUACUGAAUCAAUAAUGAAUGAGAGCCAAAAAGUGAAAUAUUGCUGUGUAUCCAUGUUGUAACAUCCUCGUCCUCAAAGGGUCCAUUAAUUUUACACUGAAAUGUUGACUUCCUUAAAUAUUUACACGCUGUGAGACUGAACUGCUAAUCUUUGUAAGUAAUUAAUCUAAACAGAUUAGAUGUAUAAUCAUGCAUUUAUUACAAUAUUUAAAACAUGCAAACAAAUGGCUUGAUUAAAAAUGGGAAUGGGAUGCAUUAGUGUUGAAAUGUUCUCAUCGUGGAAAGAAAUAUUUUCAGAAAUGGUGAAACAAACAAAUGAACGGAUGCCACUUCACAGAACCACAGAAGUGACCUUUUACAAUAAACUCACUUUUUAAAAUCUCAUAUCUGAACACUGUUCUAAACUUUCUAUGUGAAUGUACAAAACUCUUUAAAAGUUGAAAGAAAAGGGAAACUCAUCCAUGGUCUUUGCCUUGCUAGCCGCGGGGCUCUUGGAGGCGAAGGCAAAUUGGAAGUCCUCACUUUGCUCUGUUUGUUUGAACAGGAAGUCCAGGCCUGCAGAGACACAUGCUGUAACAUGUAGUUCAAAGUAGGUAACGCUCCAAAAUCAUGCCAAGAUGAGCGAUUUACCGCCUGAUUGUGGCUCCACGUUUUCCUGAAAUCAUAAAGCAGAGAUUUGUUUUGCUUUUAAAUGUGAACAGAAGAAUUAACAUUGGAGGAUGUUCUUGUACCUUCUCGCUGAAAACAGAGCUUCCAAAUGGAAAAGAUAAAUCCUGCAAAGAAAUGAGGACAUGAGUGCACUGGCGAAAAUGUUUCGGUUUUUUUCCCCGUCUCACCUCAUCACAGGAAGAGACCACAUCAAACCCAAAACUCGAGAAGCCUGGGGUGCAGGGAUUAGAGUUCAGUGAGAACGUGAAAGCUGGAGAUUUGGUAUCAGACGUUUCCUGAAUUGGGGAACAAGCUGGGCUGAAGCUGAAGUGAACACACACGAGCAUUCAUUUUGAGUUAUUGCUUGCCGUUUUCACAGAGAUGGGAGAACUGACAGCAGGAACCUUACUUAAAGCGCAACAUUGGUGUUACAGGCACAGUGCCUGCUAGAGCUGAGGACGACGGAGGAUGAGGAACUUCAUGCAGAGUGACUUGAUCCCCAUUGCCCUCAUUGGCUGGGUCCUGCUCUUGCUCUGCUGUUCUUUCUUCCAUUUCUUCCUCUGCUCCCUCCACUACCUCUGAUACUGCUGCUUUCUUAGCCUGUGAACAAAAACAAUACUAUCACAAGUGUCAAGACACUGGGUUGUGAGCAACUAAUUGAAACACACUACUGAGGAAAAUUAGAUUGAGACUGUACUUUAUUAAUCUCCAAGAGAAAUUCACAAAGGAAAUCUAGCUAUUGACAUUUUGACAGUCCUUAAAAAAAACAAACAACCAACAGUAGAUAUUUAUAUAAUAAAAAUAUAUACAUAUUUAUAUAAUAUUUUUAAUAGUUAUUUGUAUUAUUUACUAUU